AUGAGGAAGGACCCGUGCCGAGUGCAGAAGAGUGCGCAGCAGCAUCAGUCGCGUCGGUCGGAACCGGGCUCGGUGGUGUGCGGUGGUGUGAAGCUUCCCAGUGCGUUCGUAGCUAGACUUCAGGAGCCGUACGAGCAGGAGUGGCAGCAGGAACGCGAGGAGUGGUACCGUGGUAGCAGUGAGCGUAGUAGCGAGGACCGGUCAAGGUCGUCGCAGCAGCUGCGGCAACAGCCGCGGCAACACCAGCAACAGGAGGACGAGGACUCCAUCGAGGAAGUGGUACGGUUGCACCAGCAACAGCUACUCCAGCAGCAGCUGCAGCAGAACCAGCACUACCUAGGGCCCGGAUCCGGUCCAUCGGUUCGGCGACGGUCGGCUGGGGUGCAAGUAGGGGGCGCGAGCGGCUGUAGUGGGGGUGUCGGGGGACGGGGGUUUGUUGCGGCGGUGGGCGGUGUUGUUGGGCAGGGAUUUCUUGCACUACGGCGCACGCGGGUCCGGGCCGGUUGCGCCUCAUAG